AUGGAGGCCGUCAACUCAAGGAAGGAAGCAAAGCCCAAGUCUGAGAAUCAGGAAGAAAGAAAGAUCACGUGCAUUUCCAUGGAGUCAGAAAAGGAGUCAAAAUUAGCUCCAGCUAGAAGGACAAUGACAGAGAAGAGGUCAGAGGCGCCCAAGGUGGAGGAUGCAUUGCCUUUGGUUGUUGCCCAGGUGAGAGAUAAGGGACGGGUAUACAUUGGAGCAGAGAGGAUUAAGGCUGAUGAGAAGAAAGAGGGCAGUUUGCAGGUAACAAUUUCCAAAGGAGUAGGAGAGAAGAUUCCCAAUUUGGAAGAAUUGGAAUUCGAGGCCAGGUCUUCAAAAGAUGGAGCAUGGUAUGAUGUUGACACAUUUCUUUGUCAUAGAUAUACUUGUUCUGGAGAAGCUGAAGUUCGUGUCAGAUUUGUUGGAUUUGGAGUUGAGGAAGAUGAGUGGGUGAAUGUUAAAAAUGCUGUACGAGAAAGAUCCAUUCCACUGGAGCACACUGAAUGUCAUAAGUUGAAGACUGGAGAUCUUGUUCUAUGCUUCCAGGAGAGAAGAGAUCAAGCAAUCUAUUAUGAUGCUCACGUCAAAGAAAUUCAAAGGAGAAUGCAUGAUAUAAGGGGAUGCAGGUGUCUUUUCCUAAUCCGUUAUGACCAUGACAAUAGUGAGGAGAGAGUUCGAUUGAGGAGACUAUGUCGCAGACCAACAUAUUAAAUUGUAUUCUGCCUGCAAGCAAACUCACAAAUAUUUCAUCGACUCUAAGCUGGGUGUUAUCAGCGCACUUCUUUUUCUCUUCUGUGGAGCUAAUGGAACUGUUUCUCCUUUGAAUUUGCUCUUUGCUGUCUCCUUUUCUCACCGUCUUCAUUAUGGUGCCGGAAAUUGUUACAUCGCAAAACUUUAGGCGCUAUCACUGGAGCAAACAUAAAAUUUAUAUAGAAUUUCUGGAACUUCAUACCUAUUUCAAUAAAUGUAACUUCUAGUUCA